AUGACCAUGUAUGAAAUGAACUUCUCGCUGCUGGUAGAGGACACACUGAAGAACAUUGUUUUGCCGGAGUACAGACAAAUAAUUGUUGAGCUUCUUAUGGUGGUUUCUGUGGUGCUCGAGAGAAACCCUGAGUUGGAAUUCACAGACAAAGUGGAUCUGGACGGUUUGGUGAAGGAGGCAUUUGACGACUUCCAGAAGGACUGUCAUCGUAUAAAAGCUGCCCAAAAACAGGUCAACAUGGAGGCCUUCUACAACACGCCCGCAGUGGGACAGAGAGGAACCUCCAGCUACCUGACCAAGGCUGUCAUGUUCCAGCUCCUGCAAGGCGACAUCAAGCCCUGCAAGGACGACCCGUGCACUGUUAGCUAG